AUGGACUUCACGGCCAAGAUGGAGAUUAGCCUCAGCCAGCAGCAGCUCCUGCCGCCCGCCUGCUUCUUCUCCUCCGCGCCGGCGCAGAGCCUCCAGCUGAGCCCGGGCGGCAGCAGCCAGCACAGCGGGAGGUCCGGCUCCAAGGGGCCGAAGAGGCAGCGCUCCACCUCCCCGGAGCUGCUGCGCUGCAAGAGGAGACUCAACUUCGCCGGCUUCGGCUACUCCCUCCCGCAGCAGCAGCCGCACGCCGUGGCGCGCAGGAACGAGAGGGAGCGGAACCGGGUGAAGCUGGUCAACAACGGGUUCGCGACCCUGAGGGAGCACGUUCCCAACGGAGCCGCCAACAAGAAGAUGAGCAAGGUGGAGACGCUGCGCUCCGCGGUGGAGUACAUCCGAGCCCUGCAGCAGCUGCUGGACGAGCACGACGCGGUGAGCGCAGCCUUCCAGUCCGGGGUCCUGUCGCCCGGCAUGUCGCAGGGAUACUCCACCGACAUGAACUCCAUGGCAGGUUCCCCGGUGUCCUCCUACUCAUCUGACGAGGGCUCCUACGACGCCCUGAGUCCAGAGGAGCAGGAACUGCUGGACUUCGCCAACUGGUUCUGA